UUCCAUAAUCAACUCAUAAAUGUCUCAUGUACUUCCGCUAUAUAUAUUCCGUCAUGCUCUAAUCCUUACCUUACUAAACAUUCUCUGUAUCCAUCUCUUUCUCUAAUCAUUCUCUUCUUUGAUCAUUGUAAUGCUAUUUUUAUGGCGUCUCUAUCUUCUUUAUUGUUCUUCUACGCCUACAUUUCUUCUUCUUUCUUCUCUCUUCUAGUUACAAGCUCAGUCACUGCCACUGUUUCUUCCAUCACCAAUUCAACCACGCACCAUCAUAAGUGGGUCGGACCCGUCGGCCACCGUGUGAUCACUGUAGAUGUUCAUGGGUUCGGCCAGUUCCAGUCCGUCCAAGAUGCCGUUGAUUCUGUCCCAGAACAUAACACAAUGAGCGUACUUAUUCAAAUAAGUGCUGGAUAUUACAUAGAGAAAGUGGUCGUGCCGGUGACAAAACCGUACAUAACGUUUCAAGGAUCAGGGAGGGAAUCGACGGUGAUAGAAUGGCAUGAUCGAGCAUGUGAUCGUGGGCCCGAUGGCCAACAGCUGCGUACUUAUCAAACAGCUUCUGUUACUGUUUUUGCUAAUUAUUUCUCUGCGAGGAAUAUUAGCUUCAAGAAUACAGCACCAGCACCACUUCCAGGAAUGCAAGGAUGGCAAGCGGCGGCGUUUCGGAUAUCAGGCGACAAGGCCUACUUCUCCUGCUGUGGAUUCUUUGGUGCACAAGACACCCUUUGUGACGAUGCCGGCAGGCAUUACUUUAAAGAGUGUUAUAUUGAAGGUUCUAUAGACUUCAUUUUCGGGAAUGGCCGCUCCAUGUACAAAGACUGCGAGCUACACUCAAUAGCCACUAGAUUUGGAUCGAUUGCGGCCCAUGAUAGAAAGUCACCGGAGGAGAAGACGGGUUUUGCAUUUGUAAGAUGCAAAGUUACAGGUACAGGCCCACUUUACGUAGGUCGAGCCAUGGGCCAAUACUCCAGGAUCGUAUAUUCAUACACUUACUUUGAUGACUUGGUUGCUCAUGGUGGCUGGGAUGACUGGGACCACGUCAGCAACAAAAACAAGACGGCGUUUUUCGGAGUGUACAAAUGUUGGGGACCGGGUGCUGCAAACGUGAGAGGCGUAUCAUGGGCUAGAGAGCUCGACUUCAAGACGGCCCACCCUUUUAUUAGGAAAAGUUUUGUCAACGGCAGACACUGGAUCGCACUAUCCGAUGCUUAGCUUAGCCCGUCCAACGUUCAUGCCCAUCUUCUCUUCUCUUCUCCACUUUUUCCUAUUACUAUAUUCAUUUGUUCUUUCAUAAAUUCAUAGCUAAAUAAUUUGUUUAUUCUUUGAGAUGUACUGAAUAUAUGGAAAUUAACAUACUGCCAUAUACCUAUGUAUCUUAAAUUAUCUAUGAAAGCAAGGGGAUUAUUUAUUUUUAA